AUGCCAUUAACCGUAAACAAUACCAACCAACUACAACAGCAUAAACAACAACAACAACAACAAAUGCAGGAUCAAGAUCAAGUGGUAAUCUUACCCGAGACUGAGCCCGCUAACGUGCAAUUCUUCCCCACUGCUAACGAAAUGGUGAAGAACAAUACGGAGAAUACGUAUACAACAACAAUGCUAAGAGAUAACGAUAGAUCCGCUAACAAUAGAAGAAGAAGAUCAUCAACCAUAAAGAGUGCUCUUUCCUCCAUAUUAUCGGACUCGUCUUCGGCAUCUCCUCAUUCGCAUGUGCCCAAGACUUUGAGUAUAAACCCGCCGCCUUCCAUUAUUAUAUCGACCAAUGAGCCAAUUAACAAUAAUAGCUCGUCCACCAUGGAGGGUAAUAAUUACGUUUAUUCUCAUGAUUAUUCUCAAAAUACUCAUCAUUCAAGUACAUCAAAUUCAAGUGCAAGUAAUAGUAUUAACCAAAAUUCAUUUUCAUAUAUUCAUCCAGUUUCUGUCUCUGCCUCCAAUUCCUUGGCAAAUUCAUCACUACGAAGAAAUACCGUCUCAUCCAAUGUCAUCGGACUAAGGCAACAACAGAAUAGAAACUUGUACAGAGAUAGUUUCUCAAGAAAUAAAUCUUCUUCCACCACGUCAUUAAGACAAUUAAUUCCAUCUCAAUCAUCUGCAUCGUCUUAUUCAUUGUCGUCUUCAUCUUCUUCAUAUAACAUUCCUCCCUCCGGUGCGAAUGCACCUUCUUCUUCCGCUCAUUCUGAAUCUACUUUGAAAAAGACAACAAAUUUAAUACCUAAAAAUAUUCAGUAUCAAUUCCAUCAUCAAUAUGCAUCUUUGAGAUCUUCAUUCUCAUCAUAUUCCAUUACGACAAAUUCCAAGAAAUUCUCUCAACAUUUCUUACAAAAUUUCUUAAAUGAAAGAGGGUUUUUAAAUUUAAAGAAAAUUUACGAUAACAAGAAGGAUCCAUUACAAAUUUCCAUAGCAUCAAGUGGUGAAACAAUCUUCUUACCCACAUGUAAGGCAUACAGAUACCAUCAUUCACCACCAAGAACACAUCCACGUCGUUCUUCACAUCAUAGUCGCAGAAAUCGUCAUUCCAAUGAUGAUUUGAACGAUGAGGAAAUGUACGCUCUAGAGAAUGACGCAUCGUUCCAUGAUACAGCCGAUUUAACAUCAAACUUCUCUGCAUCACCUUCAGAAUUGGAUGACGAAAAUAAUGACUUGUCAUUAUACCCAUUAUGGUCCGCCACAGAAGGUGCAAGACAACAUUCUUUACCCAAUAAUAGUACAGAAUCAACUUUACAAUUACCACCUGCUUCUCAUGCUCACACGAGACAUCGUAGUUAUCCAUCCACCCUACCAACAAACACCAAUAUGCAAAUGCAACACUUCCAUAUGGAUCAUACAAUGACACCACAUAAUAUCGCUGUCAUCAUAUCUUUGGAUGGUUCCACAAAUGUCAACUUAUCAAACAUUAUCAUUGAAUUAUCAUCUGAUUUGAGAAUUUUUUGGAAUAAUAAAGUACCACCAGAAAACGUUAAGAAUGAAGAAAUUUACAAGAAUGGGUCCAUUAAAUGGGACAUCAAUUUGAGAAAAAAUUUCAACUUAUUCAUACCAUUACAUGCCACUUCAGUAGAUAACGUUAUUAUUAAUGAUGAUCAGUUGUUGGAAUCCAAUAGGAAAAUGUAUAGGAAUUUCCAUCAGAAGGAUAAAAAAUACAUAAAUGAUAAGAAUGAUUUACAAGAUUCACUAAUUAAAAAAUUAUUACAAUCUGAAACGGGGGCAACUAACAAUAACGAUAAGGAAUCCAUAGAUAUGGAUUUUAGUGAUUUAAAGAGUAUGAAUUCACCAACGACAAAUGAUCAAUUCUUACCCGCGGGUGAUUACGUCUUUAUAUUACCAAUAUUAUUCGUAGAGGAUAUUCCUGAAUCCAUAUAUUUACCAUCAGCUAGAAUAGACUACAUGCUUCGUCUCGUGACAAAAUUGACACCAACUCAUAAUAAAUCUCAUUCCAAGGAGAAAAAGAUAACGGAAUCCAAGCCGAUCAUUAAGAAAAUAACAAGUUCUGAUGAUGUAAAUAGUAUUGAAAAUGAAUCAAUCUUCAAGGGAGAUUUCAUAACUUCAUCUUCAUCUUCAUCUUCCUUAUCUAACUCAGAUAAUGCAACUGUGUUCAAUAACAUCAAGAAUAGAUUCCGUAGUUUAUCAUAUGCUAGCACAACGGAACCACAAUCUUCCAUUUAUUCAGGUACAUCAGAGCGUCGUCGUAUUUCCACCAAGAAUAAUAAAGACAAAGAAGAAGACAAGAGUAAAGACAAGACAAACAAAUUCGAUAACGAUCAUGGAGAAAUUAUUAGUACAGAGUUACCAUUAAAUAUUGUGAGAGCACCACCUUCAGCUUCAUUUUCAACAAAGAAUAAACCAAUCUAUAUCAAUAAAGUUUGGGCAAAUUCAUUGAGCUAUGAAAUUUCGUUUACUCAGAAAUAUGUCCCAUUAAAUGGUGAAUUACCCAUUAAGAUUAAACUGGUACCAUUAGUCAAGAACGUUUCAGUAAAGAGAAUUAGAGUAUCUAUUGUGGAAGAUGUCAAUUUUUACUCAAAAGAUUUGAAUCAUAGUUUCAACCAAUUAGACCCAUUAAGUAGUGAUCCAAGCAAUCCAUUUUACAAUGAAUUUAAUGGGAAGAGUAAGAAGGAAAGAAAUUUACCCCUAUUAGAAAUUAGAACAAGAGAAAUAGGUGCAAGAGCUUUGAGAGAAGAAAUUGUAAGAAACACAGUGAAUGAUAAUUUGCUAUCUUAUAACACAGUGAUGGAAAGUUAUACUAAGAACUCAAGCACAAUGGAAAGAAAAGUGGGUAUUACAGAGCCAAUUACUAUUAAUUCAACAUUAUCGUUCCCCAAAUAUUCUACAGUGGAUAAGAAUGCAGCAAAGGAUAUUCCUCCUUUUGGCGUAGAACAUUAUACAACCAUAUCAAAUCCUGAGAAAACAACAAAGAAUACAAAUGAUUCUGCUAAUAAUCGUGGACGUGGUAACAGUUUUAUGUCAUUUUUAACAGGGGGCAAAAAUAAAGAACCUCAAAGUUCACCUUCCACCACCACCACCACUACCAAGACUAAUAAGGAUACGGCCAAAAAGGUUAUUGAUCCAAGAUUUCACAAGACUUCAUUUCAUACAAACGCUAGUGUUCCCGUUGAAUGCGACACAAUGUUAUCUCAAGCUAAGCGUGGAUUAUAUUUGGAUAGUGGUCAUUGUAAUAACAUUGUUUGUACCCAUAAGUUGGAGAUAAUGAUGAGAGUGAGUAAACCAAGGACUGAUAGUAAAUCAGGAGAAUUAAGACAUUUUGAAGUGGUAUUAGAUACGCCAAUCAUACUCGUUUCUGAUCUAUGUAAUAUGGGGAAUAUUGAACUACCCACCUACGAUAUGGCAACAUCUGAUAGUACAAGUGUCUUCUCACCUCCAACUUUUGAGGAAGCCAUUUCAGUACCCGCAUCCCCUAUGCUAAGCAAUUAUUCACCAUCUAUAGACUCGAGGAACACAAGGGACGAAUUAUCAUCUAUUCAACUCUUAAAUCUAUCGCGGUUAAAUUCAUUAUCAGGUCCUUCCAAUGCUAAUGUGAUUAACAACAACAAAAGCAACAACAACAUUUUAUCUACUCCAUUACCUAUGUCGACGUCACCCCUAUCAGUAGAUGUAAGUUCAGAAAUUUCAUCAUAUUCAAAUGAAAAUAGUGCCGCAUCAAGUGUGAUACCAGAAGAUGGUGAAUGGUUUAAUAAUUUAGAUGGAUUAUUAGCAGCAUCACCCUCUCCACAUCCCCAAACAGAUCAUUUUGCAUCCUCCAACCCAUUUAAACAAGGUUACCAAAUCGCGGUAAAGAAGGAGGCACCUCCAAGCUAUGAAUGUGCAGUCUCUGACUGUGAUCGUGAAUGCUAG